AUGACGCCAAAGGAGGGGGCGUAUGUCACACCUUUCCACUUGGUGUAUGGGGGUGAGGCAGUCGUUCCCGUCGAAGUCAGAAUAGAAUAUGACCAAGUGCAGCAGUACGACGCGGACAACUCCGAGCGAAGACAACUGGAGCUUGAUUUGGUGGAUGAGACGCGCGCCAAGGCGGUCACUCACCUGACGGCCUAUCGGCAAAGAUACAACCGGCGGGUGAUCCCCCGAUCCUUUCAGGUCGACGACCUAGUAUGGAGAAAGGUGAAACCGGUCGGCGAUAUCGGCAAGCUGGAGGCUCUGUGGGCUGGACUGUUCAAGAUCGUGGAGAAGCUCCGUUCAGGAGCUUACUAUUUAGAAGAUGAAGACGGACGGCGACUGGAAUGCCCAUGGAGUGCCAACCGUCUCCAGCCGUAUCGAGCUGGGUGA